UCAAGGCGCGUCUGCUGGCGAGUUGAACUGAAUGACAGCGCCGUGCCUCAGCAGUGAAUGUACCAAACAAAAUGGGAAAUAUAUCCAAUUGACGCACUCUCUAGCUACAGCAUUUUGUGAAACGUAGUGGCAGAUAAUUAAAGGCCAGCUUUGAGAAGACCUGUUUCAUUCUAAACCAAGCUGUGAUAGACAGAAGUGAACUUAAGACUAAAAGAGUUCGUGGUUUAGUCACGAAUGGCUUUCGAUUCAGUUGGCAGCGACAGAGUCGGAGGUGAGGCUGCGUGGAUCAUGCAUCAGCAGAUGCAGUCUGAUCCCAAGACAUCUUGGCCUUCCAGCUACAACUCAGAGAACAAUAACUGGAACAACGGAAUGGAAUCUCAGUAUCCUGGCUACUCAAAUUAUUGGUACCCACAGUCACACACAGCCGGACCUUACAGCAACUCGUACCCCCCUGGAACAGAGGUCAACGGACAGGCAUCAUAUAAUCACCAGGCAAUGUCAGCUUAUCCCAAUGGGGUGUACAAUCCAGGGCAAUACUCCACGAGUAUGCUACAUCCUUCCAAUCCAUUCUACUGCAGUGACCAGGUUCCUUCAAGACCACCUCAGUAUCACAGCCAGACCUGCCCUGAACAAAAUGCGAGGGGCUCGGCUCCUCCCCCUUACCCUGUACCUCACUGCCAAGGGGCUCCUGGCUACCCAGCAGGAUCUUACCCACACUAUGGAGAAGGAUGCCCUCCGAAUGCCCCCUACCCCAACCAGCAGCCCAUGCUCUCAAGAGCCCAGCAUGAGGCCUGGUCCCACUCUGGAGGGUAUGGGCCUACACCGCCCCAACAGCAGUGGCCAUCCAAUACCCAGACACCCCAUGGCCCCUAUGGCAACCAUGUACGACCACCUCACCCCCCGCCGUGGCAAGGACCCGCACCGCCUCCAUAUGAACACAAGGAUCCACCAUAUCACAGCCAGCCUCAUAUGCACCCUCGAAACCAGCCUCCAGGCUCCAAACCACGUGCCAGCACUCCAAACCCAACUCCACCGCCGCCCAAACCAGCCCAGUUCAGCGCUCCACCUCAGAUCUACAACAAGGGUCCCUCUGGAGGUGCAGGACCUGAGACCAAACCAGCCCAGAAUGAACAACCUCCAACGUCUUCCCGCCCCACCCCGGCCCCGUUCAGUGAUAAUCCCGGCCUGGCUCGAGUUCAACUGAUUAUGGCCAGAGUUCAGCUCCUCCAAGAGGACGUGGACGAGUUUGUGGGGAAAAAGACGGAAAAGAGCUACCGGUACCUGGAGGAACUUUUGACAAAAGAGCUGCUGGAAUUGGAUUCGGUAGAGACCAACGGGCAGGAAGUCGUUCGACAGGCUCGCAAAGAGGCCGUUAAGAGGAUCCAGGCCAUCUUAGACCGCCUUGAGAGAAAGGCUUUUUAAUAACAGGGUGGAUUGAUGAUGGUUCUGGAUGUUCUUUUGUUGCGUUUUCUUUUUAAUGAUCUUUUCUCAUGAUCAGAGAAUAUGAUUUUCAGUGUUUGCCAGUUAGUUGCAUUAAAUUUGUGGUGUUUUUGGGUCAUGAAUCCUAAUGAUGGUAAUGUAUUAAUCGAAAUACAGGCGCAAAAUGUCCUAAUCAUUGCAGUGCCAUACUCGAACCAGCCUUCUGCCAUCCAGCAGUCUAACAUCUGCUCAUGUCAGAUUAAGCUCAAUUAAACAAGUCUCAUUGCAUAAACCGGAUUUAAGAUUUUUUUCCUAUUUAGAUAGAAGGGAUAAAACAGCUAAUUCAACCACAUUUUUUUCCAGGGCUUUUUGGUAGCACAACUUUUCAUUAAAAAAAAAAAAGCCUCCAUUUCUCAUUUUGUACUUGAAACAUUGUUUAGCACUGUUAUUAUACCAAUACAUUCAUGAUUUUAUUGUAAUAUAAUUGAUUAAUAAAUAAAGGAAGGUCAGUUUUUGGUAACUCGCUCUUAAUCCAUGUAAUUUCACCCAUUUUCUUUUUGUUUUGUAUUAGUUUCUUCAUUUGUUUCAUUGUCACCUUCUUCGUGAAAAUGUGUUCUUUUCACGAAGGUCAAUUUUCAAUUGUUAAAAGUGAUAUAUGCACGAAAUACCACUCACACAGAAGUCAACCUGGUAAAUUUGUGUGGAAUAUAUUGCGGGGGGAAAUUUUCCGCCCUUAUGCAAAACUCCCGAUUGUGCGGAUUCCAAUUGAAAUGGUUUGAUGUCACUGGCAAAAUUUUGCAGAGCAACUGUAAAUGUGACCUUAUCUGAUUACACACGCUAGUUUUCGUACACAAUCAUUGGUCUAUCUUGUCCAAACUGAGUGUUACAAACCCACAACCUGGAUGGACUUUAGACCAGUUUUCACUGCCAUCACUGCAUAGUUCCCCGCUAUUUGUCCAGGCCUACAUCUGAAGUUUAAAGAGCCUUUUAAAUUAAAAUGGCCAUUUGGUGGGUUUUACACAUGUCAGUUAGCUUUGAGACCAUCUACAUGCUAAUGUACUGCUAAAAGUUGACAACCCUUCAGUAUCACCUGCCUCUAACAAGCAAUAUCGAGUAGCAAAUCAUGAUUUACAAGGCUGUGAUGUAAACUAGGCCAUUUUAUAAAAAGAAGAGCCAUUUGAAUUUGUUUUAGUUUGAUAAAAAAUGCAUUCAUCAAACCAUUUCAUGGGGUUUCUAAAAUGUUCAAUAGACCUGCAUCUCAAUGCACCAGUUCGACGCGCCUGCAUCUCAGUUCACCAUUUAGUACAGGCCAUUGUGUUAACACUAUUGCUUACAUCCUGCAGUUCGGAGGACUUUUUGGUAUUGUUUGUUUCUUUUUCUUUGUGAGACUAUUGAUUUGUAACUGAUGCAAUGGAUACAUCUGCGUCAGUGUUCAGGUGGCAGCAGCCAUUGACAUGGCUGAUCUGCAGGCCUGUUUACAGUCAAACAGGGGACCUUUUUUAAAAAGACAUAAAGGAAUAAUAUACAGUUUCUAUUUGAAUGACUGGAGUGGGGAUGCGGAUUAUGGACAGACCAUCAGGACUUCUCUAUGGAAUAAAAGUUCCCUUUAAAUUCACUACAUCUAAUACUUUGCACCAAAGUCACUGACAUCACGGACCGUCCAACAGGUCUUCCUUCUACCACAAGGAUCUUAUGUCUGUUUUGUAACCAGGAAAAACAGUGCCAUAAUAUCAGCAGGUGCUUUUUCAUACCACAGCAGAGAAGUAUCUCAAAUACAAAAAACUGCAAAUCAACUGAGCUCUGCAUGAAGUCUCGGAUUCCAUGUUUAUCUUUAUUGUAUGUGUUUUCCGUUCUCUCUCUCUGUAAAUGAUCUCAUAUAUACCUGAAAUUGGUUAUUAGAUUAAUCUUUACACGAAAAAAAGAAAAGAAAAGUAUAUUUGUAUAACGAAUAUAUUGAAAACUCAGUUCCCAAAUAAGGACCAAAAACCUGCCUGCUGAAGUCCCCAAUGUAAUGCAUGAUUUUGAACACAAGCAGGGGCUGUUACUCCAUAAUGUUGUAGGACUGAAUAAAGGUCAACUGACAGUAGGGUCUCUCAUAUUAAAAAUCAGGACAUUCA